AUGGGGUCAAUUAAGCCAGAAAGAAGAUCUUACUAUGAUUUCAAUGAUGUUGACAAGUGUCAAGUGGAGUUGGAAGGAAUUUUUUUGAAUUUGACGUUUAAACUUAACGAUUAUCAGAAUCUUUUACUGGGGUAUUAUUUCAAGCACGAAGUAUUGAAUUCAUUCACAAUCGAUAAGUAUUAUCCACAAGAUGGGGGGAAAGCGUACGUUAUACCCAACUUGAGUCGAAGAUACUGUGAAUACAGUGAUUUUUACCAUACUACAUGUGUUCGAGAAAACAGUCCAUUUCCAAUAAGUAAAUAUAUUGAUAUUGAAGAAUUUGACUUUGGGAAUAACCAAGAAAACGAAUUUUCCACCAUUGAGUACGGUGAAACCCAAGCAAAUGGCCCAAUUGUAUCACAGAUCAAGAGAAGGCGAUUAAAUGAGUUUUACGAAACAGAAGAAGAUUCACAACAACCAAUUCGGUUAUAUACCGAGAGCCAGCCAGUGAAUAAUCAAAGAGUAAUUCUUGACACUCAAAGAAGUCAAUUAGAGGAUAUUGAAGAUGUCGAAUUCAGUGAUGAAAAUGAAGAUAUUGAAAAAUCGUUACCCCCCUUGAGCCGGCUUGGAGAAUUAAAACAAUUAGGUAACGAGCAAAUCAAACAUGGAUACGAACAUAUCAAAAGAAGCCCCCCAAUACGAGUUCGUGCAAGGCUACAGUCAUUUGAACCCAGGCACCAAUUUAUCCUCAAGCCUUUUGGUCGAACGAUGAAAAUAUCCAAUUUCAAAAUGAAUUUGGCCGAUAAUUCAACGGUAUUCUCCGUUGAAUUCAAUACCCAGGAGGAAAUUUGCCAAUUUUUCCGAAUUAAAGAGAUCGAAGAGAUAACAAGAGACAUGGUUAGAGUAUUAACCAGACUAAACCACCUCCCCACCAAUUCACAACAAAUUGACCUCCUACUACAACAAAAAAUCAUGCCUUUGCAACCGACUAGUUCUUUAAUGAGAACUUAUUGGACUUGCCAAAAUGACUUCUACCACGUUACAAGGCUUGACGGUUGAAGAAGAAAAGAAAAAACAGAGAAAAAGCUUUAUUUACCUUCUUCUAAUUAUAAACCUUGUUCCCCUGAUUGUCAUUCAUUCAUUUACCUUUCCUAGACAAACUUAGCCUAUUAAUUG